CACUGACUUCAGAUCCUAUCUCCCUCCCUCCCUCCCUCUCUCUCUCAAAUAAUCAAACUACAUGCUCUGGAGUUAUGUAUGUAACCCUAAUCGCUGGAGGAAAGUGAAUUUGAAAAAUGGCCACUUGUAUACAUUUUCUUUGUUCAGCAUUCAGUCACUUUAUCGUAGCUUCCUUGAUCCUCAAUGAAUUAGUACGGUGCAAGACCCUUAAGCGCGAUGUUAAGGCAUUAAAUGAAAUAAAGGCAUCACUAGGAUGGAGAGUGGUAUAUGCAUGGAUCGGUGAUGAUCCUUGUGGAGAUGGUGAUUUGCCUCCAUGGGCUGGUAUCACGUGUUCUGCUGCCAAUGAGAAUGACUAUAGAGUUGUUACUGGACUGGAAGUUUAUGCAGUUUCUAUUGUUGGUCCUUUUCCACUUGCAGUUAUCAAUCUGGUGGAUCUUACUAGGCUGGAUCUACAUAAUAACAAACUUACUGGGCCAAUUCCACCACAAAUUGGACGGUUGAAGCAUCUCAAGAUACUUAAUUUGAGGUGGAAUAAACUGCAAGAUGCCAUUCCUCCUGAAAUUGGCGAACUAAAGCAGCUAACACAUCUCUAUCUAAGUUUUAAUAAUUUUAAGGGGGGAAUUCCCCGGGAGCUUGCUAAUCUUCCCGAACUCCGUUAUCUCCAACUACAUGUAAAUCGUUUGACCGGGAGAAUUCCUCCUGAAUUGGGAACUUUGCAGAAUCUGCGUCACUUGGAUGUUGGUAACAAUCAUUUGGUCGGAACCUUAAGGGAACUCAUUCGUUUUGAAGGAUGCUUCCCAUCUCUUCGUAAUCUGUAUCUUAAUAACAAUUACCUUACAGGUGGUGUUCCAUCACAGCUUGCCAAUUUGACAAACUUAGAGAUCUUAUAUCUGUCAUAUAACAAAAUGGCUGGAAUUAUACCAUUCGGGCUCGCUCACAUUCCUCGAUUAACUUACUUGUACUUAGAUCACAAUCAGUUUCUAGGGAGGAUUCCUGAUACCUUCUACAAGCACCCAUUUUUGAAGGAAAUGUAUAUAGAAGGAAAUUCAUUCCGGGAAGGUGUAAAACCGAUUGGCGACCACAAAUAUCUGGAACUUUCUGAUUCAGAUUUCCUGUUUUAAGCAAAUGAAUCAACACAAUUUUGACUCGCAUCUGUUUUCAUCAAUCAAGUUUCCUUUCUUUUAUUAAUAAAGGAAACACCAUAAUUGUUGCAGAGACAUUCUUCUUAGUUGCAUAAGUUUGUUCUCGCAAUGUUAGCAGUGGUCUUGAUAGUGGAGAUUGAUCUCCUCCAUGCUCGCUUUCCUAAUUGGGUCAGGUUCUCUUUUUUGAGAUGACUAUCAGGACAUGUGACACUCGCAACUAGUAGUUAAUAUAUCAUCAUAUUGGUGGUCCUUCAGAAAGUCCUGCCUGUGUGAAAUAUGUGGGCGUGGUGGGGGCUUUAGACAUGGAUUGGGGGAAUUGACGUGCCCAUUAUCACCAUGAUCGCAACGGGCACUGUGCAAUGCUCUCCAAGCUAUAGACUGGAACCCGAAAUAGACAUCCUCUGAACUUUAAUCGUAACUUUUACAAUAAUCUUUGCUCCCUUGAGCAAAUCAACUAAAUGUCCAUAGUACUCUUGCUAGGCUCAAUAUUCUGAUGUACAGCCCAAUUAGGGUUUCAUGUGCCAUGUUCCAGUAGUUACAAUAACCUAACUGAGCUUAUUUCCAUUCCCAGAAUCUUCAUAGUAUUUCCGCAAACAUCACUACUGUGCGGCAAUCUAUCAAACACCUUUUUCGCCAAACUCAAAGCACCCACGUUUAGAAUACUUGUUAAAGAGGGAAGUGCCCAAUUUGACGUUACGAGGACUCCACUUUCCAAUCUCAAGGGAGCCGAGCAUCAGCACAAAAGUUUUUUUUCUUUCUUUUCUUUUUUUUUCUUUAACAUUCACGAACCUAACACACACACUUAAAAUU